AUGUACUGCGAGACAGCGAAUGAGACAGCAUCUGAGUCUCGCUUAGUCGUGAGCGCUCACCGGGCGGACCGAGUUGGUAAAGACACACAGGUUCCGAAGGAACGAGCCGUGAGGGAGAAUCCGAAGCUGGUUGCUAGCGGAAGUAGCGCGCCAAAGAGCAAAGCGGAGCAUUCACAAAGAAAUGGUGUAAGCGGAAGGGAAGGCGCAACG